UUACAAUGCUCCGUAUCGCUUGGGUGUAAGAGUAAGCCAAUCGCGGACCCCUUCGCCGAAUGGUUCACCGUCCAUUGACGGCAUGAUGGGCCUGGGGGAUGGCCCGCUGCCCUGCGUGCUGUAAGGCGCACCCGCGAAUCCGAAUUGUCCCCGCCGGGAGUAUUGCCAGCAAUAUUGCCCGCCAGGAGCUAGAGUCGAAAGAAUAGCCCCAUGUCCGUUCCGCACUCAUUCAAAUCAAACGGGCUGUCCUACGCACGCGCACCAUACACAAUACAAUUCACAGAGAUUAUUUUCCAGCACUGCUUUGCAUGGUAUGAGGAGAGUGGAGCUGCCAAUCGAGGACCCCUUCACCGUUGAUUGACGCGAUAGUGCCGCCCAAUGAACGCGAGGCUCGAUCGCUACCGGUUCUUAUUAGAUGCUAUCACGCCGCUUUGAUUGCGGCCUUCGGCUAGACCAAAGUAGUACCAUGAGACGUAGAAAUUGGCUGGAAAAGAGCCAAAAAGGCGAAAAGUACGCAAUGUCCGACGCCCACGAACACGUCCUGCACCCAUACAUACGCGAUGUCAAUUCACGGGAACUAUUCUAUAGCACUCGCAGAGAGGACAGUUGUGCGCCGCGCGCAAUGAGCUUGGUCGGUGGGAAAUAUUGCUCGCGAACCUCCUCACUCAGAGGUUUUCUGUUUAUUGCCACAGCGGGACCGAGGGGAGUGGUGCUGUAUUUGUCCGCAAUGCACCUGCGUGUGGUACGUGCGUCUCAACCCCGAAUGGCACCCGCCAAUUGGCCAGCUGAUAGCCAGAGGGAAAGGAAGAGAAUCCAACGGCCUAUACAGUCGACUCCAAGAGUCAACAGAACGUCCGAAAGAAGUGGCUCAUAGAGGAAAAACACUGGAGACAGUGCGUAUUGCAGGCGUGAUGCCAGCGCACAAGGUGUGUAAUGCAAAAUCGAGCCCGAUCCGGGUCCAUCAACGGUAUUACCUCCCGGCAGACCGUACAAACAUGGUAUGCGGGCCCUAGAGACAGCCCUUGCAUAUAAUUCAAAUUCAAACUCAAAGGGGUAUCAUCAUGCAUGCCAGUAUGUAUAUCUGAACAUUCCCUGGGGUUCGAGCGGCGGCGCAACGGUGCAGAGCGCUGCUUCUUAGCCGGCGAAGUAACGCAGUAUUGUAACGUCGCCGCCAGGCUGCCUAACAAAGAAAAAGUGCUUGAGCAGGCGCAAAACACGCCACACUAAAAC